AUGUACCUUCCGUUAAAUACUGUCAUUACGGCUACAAGCCUUCUUGCCGUCUCCCGACUCAAUGAUCUAAACCUUGCGACAAACAAUCUACCACUAUCGGCCUCUUCCGCCACUUUGAUAGCCCGUCAAGACGAGGCAAAGCCGCCGCCACCGCCUCUUGUUACAUCGAUCCAGUUCGUUACGUCAAUAGCUCUCAUAACUUCAGAACCGACUCUCACAGUUAUCGUGACAUCAACUAAACCUGAUACCUUAUCGCCGCCGCCUACAGUCCCAUCGACCACAGCAGAAACGCGGACGAGUAGUGAACAACCACCCACAAAACUUAGCACUACAGAGCUGUCUUCUCCAAUUUCCAGCACUACUGAUGGCAUCUCUAGUACAACAUCCACCGGAACAUCAGCAAGCACAGCUACCACUGUCCCAACCCAGACUUCACAUCCAGAAGCAGACGCCGGACCCUGGCUAAGCGCAGGGAAGAUCGGCGGAAUAGUCGUUGGCUCCGUCUUUGGCCUCAUCAUCCUCGGCCUCAUCAUCUACACUCUUCUCGCUGCUUCCCGUGGCAUCAACGUAUGUAAUUGUUUCGGCGGCUGUUGUGGCAAACACCACGACGACGAUGAAAAUGGUCGCGAACGUUUACCUUCACGGUCAGACGACACGUAUCCGCGUCCGGAUGUCCUUCAUUCUGGUCCUGGAGAGGGCUACAAGGCUUAUCGUCCUGCGCGCCUGAGUGGAGAUAACCCACCUGUUCCACUUCCCCUGAUGCUGCCGCAGCAGAUGGAGACGCAGCAGAGACGCGCGGGGAGACUGCAGAGGGGAUAUCGGGGCGUUGAGAUAUAG